CCGCCAGUACCGGGCCCUUUGGCGUACAGAAUCGAGGCCUGCUCCGACCACAGCGGCAACUACUACCCAGAGAAUGUGCUCGUGGAUGAGCCGUACAGUCGGGAGUCCCGCUGGUCCGGCGGACAGCAAGGAUCUUCGGCGGGCACUGGGCCAUGGUUGAUGCUCAAGCUCGAGAAAGAUUCGGUCUUGACAAGCAUAACGUUCGGAAAGUUCAACCAAGUUCAACCGUGCAAUAUGAAGGAAUUCAAGAUCUACACCGGCAUCUCUCGCUCUCGGCUUUCUCUCGCAUUCUCUGGCACACUGAGAAACGACGCUAUUCCGGAGACUUUCGCAAUACGUCAUACCAAGAGCGUGAAGGCUGGCGAGAGUCGGGACGGCUCCAAUGAAGUCGAGUUCGCUACUAGAUACGUGCGGAUCGUACCCGUCUCGGCGCACGGGCAGUCGUUCCAUCCCUCCAUCUGGCACGUUGCAUUCUCCGGGAUCGCCGAUCCAACUUACGUCGCCGAAGUGAUGCGCAAGUACGAUGCGCACCGGGAGACCCUUGCCCUUCGACACAUUCUUAAACAUUUGCGGCAACGUCAACUUCUACCGCCAUUCAACUCUCUUCUGACAUCCCUAUCCUCCGCGCCGGGCGUGGACAGCGUACAAGAUUUCCUCGAACAUCCCCAGAUCACCGCCCUCCACUCCGCACUGGUCCUUUCCGCCGACUACGCCGAAGCCGAACGCAUCCUCACGCGAAUCGCCCAUCCGCCUUACUCCCUGUUCGAGGACUUCCUCCGCUCCGGCAACUGCCCGCCUCGAGCGAUAUGGAACGACAUCACCGUCUACGACGACGGUGGUGGUCACGAGGGGCGGCAGGUCCCAUCGCGGAGAGGAGGACAUGCGAUGUGCAUCGACGACGAUGGGCGAAAAAUCUGGAUGUUCGGAGGAUGGGACGGUAAGAAGAGCCUAGAUGACCUCUGGUGCUUUGAAUAUGGAAAUGCUGCCGGAGAAUCCGAGGACGUCGCGGGCUGGAACUGCGGGCGCUGGAGACGCGCCUGUGAGCAUUGCGGCGCAGAGGCUGACGGCCCUGGACCCAGGAGCAACGCGCAGAUGUGCUAUGAUUCGAAAUCAGGGUGUCUCUACCUUCUCGGCAAGCUGUCCGAGGCGGAAACCUCCGUUGCACCACCGGCACCAGGACCGGUGCCUUCGUCUUCGAUGCCUAGCCGCAGUCACCCUACGCGUGACGGCGCCUCGCGCUUUCGAGUUCCGUCCAUCUCAGACGUAUCCGGUGCCGCCGCCGGGAGCGGGGGAGGACGCGAUGGAGGACGGUCUCAUGGCCAGCUCGCAUUGGCACACUCUACGGAGCUGAUGAAUGAUCCUUUGGCACGGUUCAUGCGCGGCACCGAUGCGAACGAGGACAGACGGGUAGAGCGGAGGGAGAGGGAGAGGCCGGAGCGAGCAGAAGCCGAGCGGGCAGGGGCGCCUUCGCCAUCUAGCGUAGGGCACGACACUACCGGAGCGGAUAGGGCUGGGGAAGGCUCGGGGGCGCGUACGAACGAGUUCUAUAGGUACUGGACCAGGGGUGAGUCGAAGGGAAAGUGGGAGCGCUUGGGAGCUGCGGCAGAGGGGUCAAGCUGUACAGGACCUCCAUUGAUCUUCGAUCACCAGAUGGUGUUGGACUCGGGGAGCCAGAUGAUCUACGUCUUUGGCGGUCGGGUGGCCGAAGGGGACUGGGACAAGUAUUCGGGAUUCUAUUCUUACAACAUUGAGAUCGGGGAGUGGCGUCUUUUGCAAUCUUCCGAAAGGGAGUCAGGCACAUUCAUUUCGGCGCGAUACGGACAUUCGAUGGUUCUCGACCCAAACCAUCGCGUGCUCUUCAUCCUGUCGGGCCUGCGAGACGAGAAGUACUUGUCCGAUAUGUAUGCUUAUGACCUCAAUAGCAAUACGGCCACGAAGCUCUUCAGUAAGAUGUCGAUCGUCGGCGGCCCUGAUCCAAGCUGGGUGCAGCGGGCGACGAUCGAUCCGGAGCAUCGGGAGAUUUAUCUUUACCCUGGUCUAUCUAAAACUGAGUCGGGGAGGCCCACGAUCGGGGUGAACUGGGUUUAUCGGUAUGAUGACCCGUACAAACCUGGUACAUGGACGAAGAUGCUCUCGGAGGACCCGAACGAGUUGGAGACUCAGUUACCGAUCCCGAGGUAUGCGCAUCAGGUGGUUUACGACAAGAUGGUCAAGACGACAUUUAUGUUCGGCGGGAAUGCGGGUGUUGCCGACCGGGAAGACGACGGAAAGCCGGAAGGAGGAAGAGAAGCGGAAAAGAGGUUGAACGAUUUAUGGGAGAUGAAUCUGAAGAGGAUUGGCCCUGACGAAAUUGUGCGGAGAGCAGCAUUCCACAUCAGGCAGCACCAGUUCCGGGAGAUGUGUCAAUAUGCGACCCCGGUCAAGGCACUGCAGUUCUUGCAGACGCAGGUGUCGUCAGUCGUGGAUCACGGCAAUGCCGAGGAGGCUGAAAGCUUUCGCUCGCUGCUCUCGCACCUUCUCGCAGCUCCUCCUUCGCCGCCGUCGCCACCUAGAUCCACGGCGGGCAGGAAGCGAUCCAGGGACGACACUAUCGACCAGUCCACCGGAGAGGACGAAGAGAUGGCCGAUGUCAAUAACCGUGCAACAGAUGCAGAGACGGCAAAGCAGGAGAGGGAUCGAGUCAAGCAGCGCAUGGACGUGUUCGAGACUUUGCUGGAGUUCGUCGAUGCGUCCGCAAAGGAGCCGGCGACCGAGCUCUUGGAUUAUAUGGACCGAGAAGACGACCAAGGCUGGUGAUGGUGAUGUGUAUCGUAGGUCAUGACAAGGCGAGGCUUUAGCACGUACCGGACUAUCCGAUUCAUUCCGAGCGGCGACGGGUGGUCAGCGCGAUCAUCCCGGACCUCAAUGCAUAAUAUGGAAAUGAGUUCUCCUUCAACGUACGGUCUGGCUGGAUUCGUCUCGCUGCCAACUGGCCCGUACUGCUGCAUCUGGCUUGUAUCGAUCAAUUGCAAGGAGUCCAUGCUCGUUACGAUUCGCCUUCACACCCCCGAAUCAAAGAACGCCGCAAAGAUCUUGUGCCACCACACUCACCCGACCCGCACUGUACACGCAUAGCUCUCAUUGUUUCUCACAUCGCGAACUGGUUUUGUUUCGGACUCGGACUCCCGUACCUAAAAGUAC